GAGCGGGAAGAAGGGUUGUUAGAAUCGCCUGCUACGGAAAUGUGUUGCCAUUGACGAAUAUGUACAAACGGGUUUACUCUGAACACUUCCUGUUACAUGUUUCUAUGUGGUAGUUAGCUUACCUUCUAAGACUGAUCUCUGGCCCCAUCCUACCUCUACAUUGGCUUAACACACACCUCUAUCUUUUUAAUUUUUAUAGCAUUAUUUGUUGACAAGUGGAAAAAAAUGGAUGAAAAUAAGGAUAUUGAUUCAAAAGAAAGUGGAGAAUAUGAAGAUGACUUUGAAAAGGACCUGGAGUGGUUGAUCAAUGAUAAAGAAAAAAGUAACGACACCAUACUGGAGAUGGCUUGCAAGGAGGAAGAAGAUCUUGGCCCGGAAUUAAAAGAGAAUGAACCAGAAAUGGAACAGGGCCAACAGCUCUCUGAUCCAGACAGGCCUCAGAAGGAUGAGGCCUCACCCCGAAGAAACGAUUUCAUUUCUGUCCCAAGUAUUCAGCCGUUGGAUCCCGUCUCAGACUCAGACAGUGAGAACUCCUUCCAGGAUUCCAAACCAGAAAACCAGAAAGACCUGGAGGAAGAAGAAGAGGAUGAGGAAGUGAGGAGAUACAUUAUGGAGAAAAUUAUAGAGGCCAACAUGCUUCUACAGAAUCAAGAGCCUACAAGUGACCGGAGGGAGCGAAAACUUAAGUUCAAAGACAACUUAGUUGAUCUAGAAGUCCCACCCAUAGAAGACAGUGACACCUCCAAGGCUUUCUCAGAAAGUGAAAAUAACAUGUCUGGAAAACUGUCAGAGUUAUGUAUCUCUGGUGAGUUAGGACAGGAGAAUGUGUUCCUUCCCGUCACGGAUGGCAGCUGUGAAGAAAAUGAUAGGAAAAUACUGGUAGAGAGAGAUGGAAAGUUUGAGCUGAUGAGUUUACAGGACAUCGAGAAUCAGGGGGUCCUGCCCCUCAUCAAUAGUACUAAUGGCAUAGAAAAUGAAACCCCUCAGUUGCUACUCAGGUCUCCCGACCCGUCUGUUGGUGACGUUAAGAAAGAAGAGACUGAAACAAAGGCCCACGUCUUGCCUCUCUCUUCAGCAGGAGAACCAUUGGCUCAAGUCCCUGAGCCACCACCCAGCCCCAAGACCCGCCCGAGCUCCGCCGCCAACCCAAAUCUAAACAAAAAAAUCCGGAGAGCGAACUUCAGGACACAAUCUGCAGUGGUCUCUUCAGUGACCUCGACGUACUGUCUCUCCCCAAGACAGAAAGAACUCCAAAAACAGCUAGAACGCAAGAGAGAAAAGCUGAAGAGGGAGGAGGAGCAGCGCAAAAUAGAGGAAGAGAUCGAGAAGAAAAGAGAGAACGAGAUGGUGUUCAAAGCAUGGCUGCAGAAGAAACGGGAGCAGGUCCUAGAAAUGCGGAGAGUUCAGCGAGCAAAGCAGAUUGAAGACUUGAGCAGCCGGCAGGUGAACAGAGACCCCCAGCAAGCCUUCCGAUUAUGGCUUAAGAAAAAACAUGAGGAGCAGAUGAAAGAAAGGAAGACAGAGGAGCUCAGAAAGCAAGAGGAGUGUUUGUUCUUCCUGAGAGGGACGGAGGGCCGCGAGAGGGCCUUCAAACAAUGGCUCAGAAGGAAACAGAUAGAGAAAAUAGCAGAGCAACAGGCUGUCAAAGAGAGAUCCAGGCAGCUCCGACUGGAAGCGCGGCGUUCCAAACAACUGCAGAGCAACCUGUACAACAUGCCGGAUUUCCGCUUUACUGACCACUACAACUGAAGCUGCCUAGGAAAGACUUCACUUGAAGCUGCUGUCACCAGUUUUGGUCAUUUCCCAUGGGCCCUGUGUCUCAAUAAUGCUCUAAGUUAUGGGCGUGGGAUUUGCCUUGUGGUGAUUCUGGCAGUGAGUUUAUAUUGUUUUCACACAAACAAAAUAAAUGUCUCUCACAGU